GCAGCCACCGGGGCCAUCUUUGAGGAUCAGGCUGGCCUUUUCGACUGGCACCAGCAGCUCGUCGGACCUCCGGCCUUUGUGCAGCCUUUGCAGGGCGAUGUCUUGACCGCCAGUACUCAGGGCAUUGUAGCCCGCCUGGACAGCACGUCUGGCGACAUUGCUUGGCGCCGUGUCUUUCUGGAAUCAGCGCAGCUGGUAAACCUGCUCGUGUUCAAGGACGACGUUGUUGUCGUUUUCCAUGACCGUGUCCUUCGCCUGGAUGGUGAGGAUGGUGCUGUGGUGUAUGAUACGGCUGUGCCGCUGGCCUCGACUGUGGACGGAGAAGCAGCAACGAGGCCUGCCAGCUGGGUGCCCGCUGCAUUUGAGCUGAGUGCCUUCUAUCUUGACCGCGUCCUACCCCUGGUCGUGUUGGCGGCCGAGGAACGUGUUGUCUUUGUCUCCCUCAAAGAUGGUGCCGUCUUCUGGGAGUCUGGCCUGCCGACAGGCUUUACGGUGCAGGGAGUCAUUGCUGACGCAGAGCAGAGCUCAGCGCACGCCAUCGUGGCCAAUGAGGGUGAUGAACAGAAGGUGUUCCACUUUGACCUGGACCAAAAGACCAAGACCGAGCUGGACCUCGAAACGGCAGGAACCACGUGCUAUCUGCUCCAUCCUGCAAACCUCGUGUGCGAAGCUGAGCGCGGCGUGGUGAUCACUGCUCUUCAGGGCGCUAACGCUAACAGCAAUAACUCGGCCUCAACCCUGAGCCUUCCCGCCAAACCCACUGCCGUCGCCGCGCGUCGUGAUGGACAAGCCCUCAUCAUCAAGACGGCCGCGCCAUCUACUCACACUCUGUUGAUCGAGCGUCAAGAAGCUGUCCUCGUUGAAGGCAUUGCCACGGAUGCCACCAUUUCCGGCGAUCAGAUUUCGGUUCAGGGCAAAUCUUUUUCCUUGCCGUUCCCCUCCCCAGCCGUCGCUGUCGUUGACUUUGCGGCCGUGGACUCCAGCGUCGUUGUGGCCUUUGACAACGGCGUCCUAGCUUCGUUUGAAAACGACAACGGCGUGCGCUGGCAACGACUGGAGGGCCUGGCCGAUGUCGUUGAUAGUCUGAUCAUCGAUCUUGCUCCACCUGAGGGCGAGCGCAUGCUCUUUGCGGAAAGCAACCCAGUGUCAGCUUUCCUGCGCCGUGUUGCGUCGACCAUGGGCGAUGUCAAGGCAUUGUUUCAGCCCCGGCACGACUCGGAUCUGACCACCGAUCUCUUCCGCCUCCACAAGAUGGUGUUGGCCGUUGACCGCCAUGGUCAAGUCUAUGCCCUGAACUCAGUGGACGGCCAGCUGGCCUACACUUUGCCGGCGCCUCCCACACAAGAAGAUUUGGAGUGCCGCCUUUUCCUUCUACAGUCUGCCACCCGUGGCUCCUCGGUGAUUGCCCGCGCUUGCCACGGCAGCUCCGCCGAGGACACGGUGACGUUCUUUGAUGGCCUGACAGGUACCCCGGUCAAAACAAAGGGCCUGUCGGAGCAGGUUGUGGCCGAUGUCCGAGGCUUUGCUGUCAUUCCUUCAUCAAGUGCCGAAGCCCAGAUCCUGGCCGUUCUUCGCCGCGAUGGCAGUGUUGCUUUCUUUCCCGAACCCAAGGUGGAGGAGCAGACUUCAACCCCGGUCUAUUUCUUCAUUUUGGAGCGUCGGGUGGGCGUGCUGCGUGGCUAUUUGCUAGUUAAUGGUACGGCUCAACCUACAUAUGAGCUCGACCUGGCUCCCCAAGGCGAAGUUGUGGCCGAUGUGGCCAUGCUGCCCGCCUAUCAACGCAUUGCUUCCCCGGGCGAGAUCUUGGCGGACAAGACUGUGUUAUUCAAGUACACCAACCCCAACCUCCUGGCCGUCGCUACGCUGUCCCCCUACGUCAAGCGCAGCGCCGUGUUGACCGUGGCCAUCAUUGAUACUGUCACGGGAGCUUUUGUGGAUCGUGUCCAACACGACAACGUGCGAGGGCCGGCCUGUCUGACCAUGGCUGAGAAUUGGGUCCUGUACUCCUUCCGUGACCGCAAACACAAGCGCACGGAGAUUGCCGUCACCGAGCUCUAUGAUAGCAUGGGCAAGGUGGCCGAGCAGGGCUUUUCGUCCUUCAAACGCCAGGAGCCGCUUGUUCUGCGUCAAUCCUAUGCUUUCCCGGGCUUUAUCAACCGACUCGCUGUCACAAACACGGCUUUGGGUGUGACACAACGUAACGCGCUAGUCGGGCUGGCCUCGGGCGGCGUGUUGUCUCUCCCGCGCCCCAUGUUUAGCGCCCGCCGACCCGCGGAAAAGGGCGCCGGCGCAGCUCUUGGCCUGCCUGAUUACCACCCGCUCAUUUCUGUCAGCACGCGGUCCAUUCUCAAUUACAACCACACGGUUGAGAACCUGCGCACCAUCGUCACGGCGCCCACGGGUCUGGAGUCAACCUGCAUCGUUGUGGCCUUUGGUGCUGAUAUCUUCUUGACGCAGCAUUCGCCGAGCAAGCAAUACGAUCGCCUCAACUCAGACUUUGACUUUGUGAGCCUGACGCUGGUGCUGACCGCCUUGGUUGCGCUGACCUUUGUCUUGAGCAACCUGGCAGGGCGCAAGCGCCUGGCAGCUCUCUGGAUCUAGAUUGGAUUGCUUUGGUUUUGAACCCCUCCAUCCCCUCUUAAACACCAAAAUACAAGGGCUGACAGGGAAGUCAGAAUG